AUGAGUCACCGGAGCCAGCGGCCGACGGCCCGUACACCCCAUGUAUCAGCUCGCGACAGAGUUGACGCGCUGGUAGGCGCGGCGACGUCCGACGCCUGCGACCGCCCCAUCGAAGCCGACCUCGAGAGGAGGCUCCGCGCCGCGUUCUCUCCCCACACGCUCCGCAUUGAAAACCUCAGUCUGCGGCAGCUCCAGCGGCGCGUGCUGGGCCCGAAGCGGUACUGGUACCAGAGCAUCAAGCUCGAGACAGUCUCGCAGCUCAGCGCCAAGAAGUGGAAGGUACAGAUCUACUACGCUCCGUGGCGUCGCAGCGUGGCCGAGUGGUUCGACCACCCGCGCUCGCGCUAUGGCAAGCCGUCGCGGCCCGACCAGCUCGCGCCGACACUCGUCGGGACGUUCGAGCACGAAAAGGCGGCGCGGGCUGCGUGCGCCAAGGCCGUCAAGGCGCGCGACCGGCUCAACCCUGUCUCGCUCAGUAAUGACCCGAGCGCGCCGGCGCCGCCGCACUGGAAUGCCGUGUUUGGCGUGACGCUGGUGUCGGACGCGUUCCAGCGGCUCCCACUGCUGCACCGCCUCGAGCUUGUCUACAGCGCUCUCCUCGACUGCGACGGGUGUGUGCCCUUGCAUCGGUGUCGCAAGCUCAGCUACAUUGGCGACCAUGUGCGCCGGUUGCCUUGCUUUGGCACCAUCGCCGUCGAGCUGCAUGUCGUUUGUCGCACGGUCGCCCAGCACGAUGCGGCGGCCGCAACGCUCGCGCUCACCGAGCGUCUCGGCUUGAGCCACGCGCACGUUCAAAGCGCCGGCGUCGAUCCCACUGCGAAAACGAGCCUUCGUGACGUGGCAGCCCUCGUCGACGAUACGCAAGCGCCGACGCGUGUUCCUCACUUUUACCACGGGCUGCCGCAAGCGCUCAAGGACCUCCUCGCGCAGGAACAAGCCGCGCUCUAUCGCGAGCAUCACGCGCUCGGGAAGGACGCCGACGUCCACGCAGUCGUGCACCGCUACGAGAAGCGCAUGCGAGCGCUCAGCCUCGCCGCCAUCAAGAUCCAGCGCCUCUUCCGUCAACAGUUGCAUAGCCGCGUGCUGCGACGGCUCUUGCGGCGACACCGCCAUGCGAUCACGCUGCAGCGCGUCUACCGCGGGUAUCGUGCGCGGGUGUUUACGACCGAGCUCUUCCUCGUCUCGACCUUUGCGGCCACGCAUAUUCAGGCCGCGUAUCGCUCCAGUGUCUCGCGCCACGCGACGCGAGUGCUCCGAGCGCACAUGGUCCUUGGCGCCGUCGGGCUGCAGCGACUCUUCCGCGGCCACCGCGCGCGCAAGUGGGUCUUCUGGAUGCGAUACCACGUCGCCAAUGCGAUCCAGAUCCAGCGCUGCGUCCGCGGCCUCUUUGGCCGCCGGCGCGCGAAGAUGUUUCGGCACGCGCAGUUCAAGCGCCAUGUGCAAGUCCCGGCCGCGUCGCUUCUGCAGCGCGUGUACCGUGGGCACGUUGGCCGAGGCCUCUAUCGCCGCGCCAAAGCCGAGCACGCCCGGCGCGUUAUCCACACGCCCGCGGCGAUUGCGAUCCAGCGCGUCUUUCGCGGCGGCCGCGGCCGCGCUCGGUUCCGCCAACUUGAGCUGCAGCGGGCGAUGGCGAGCACGCUCCAGCGAGCCUACCGCGCCUAUCGCAACCGCGUAGUAUGGGCCGGCAUCUUUGAGCAGCGCCGGCGCAACCUCCUGGCGUCGCGCAUCGGCGCAGCAGGCCGCGGCUUCCUCGCCCGCCUCGUGCUGCGGCGCGAGCGCCGAAAAGUGCACUUGAAGACUGUCGUUGGGCCUUCCACGCGGCUCAUUCAGCGCAUCUUCCGCGGCUACAUGGUCCGCAAGCGCCUCGAAGACUUCCGCGAUCGCCACGAAGCCGCGUGUGUCAUUCAGUUUGCGUGGCGCCAAGCCAAGCGCGCGCACGCCGAGCGGGUUGCGUGGGAAGCCAAGCUGUUGGGGUUGCAGCAUGCCGCUGCCAGCACCGUCCAGUGCCUCGUGCGGCAGUUCCUCGCACGCAAACACGUGACCGCACGGCGCAUGGCCCAGCGCGGACGCUAUGGCGCGGCGGCGGUCAAGGUCCAGGCCGCGUGGCGCAGCUUCCAGAGCCGGCAGCAGUGCCAAGCGAUGCGGGACCUGCUCCGAAUCGAAGUCAAAGCGCGCGCGAUGACCACGUUCAAGGACGAGUUGGAAAUGGUGCAGUUCGACUACGUGGAUGCGUCGGCCGACCUCGCGCGCCUCGCCAAGUACAAGAAGAAGGCGCUGCAGCACAUCCACGACUUGAAACAAAUGCGGCUGGACUGGGAGCUGCGGGCGCCGUUCGUCGACAAGGAGCUCGCGAGCAUGACGCCCGAAGACGUCGGGCGGGGCUGGGCCGAGGCAUUUGAGACCGAGAAGGUUGUGAUUCAUUUCUCCCGGCUUCUAAGCGCCGAAGAGAUCCUCAGCAAGCGGCAGCAGAUCCGCGAGUACGACCACGAGAUCGAGGCGCUGCAGAUGGAGCUCGAAGACUUGGAGCGGGACCGCGACGAGUUCCUCAUGGACGAGACGCUGGAGAUCGAGGGCCUUCGCCGCUUGGAGCUCUCGCGGGCUCUCGGGCUCUACGACGCGGACACGAAAACGGCGGUGCGCCGACAGCGCGUGCGUUGGAAGGUCCGGAACGUUCGCCGCAACGUGCUGCUGCGAAAGGAGAACGCUCGGCUGCGCGCGCUGUUGCCGCCGGCGUCGCCAUCCGCCAGCCUCUCGUAUGCGACCAACGUGGCCCACGCGCGCGCAAGCACUGACCUCCUCCGAGCCACGGUGGCGGCAGCGGCGGCGGACCGGUCCUUGGCGCUCGAAGCAAGCGGCAGUCGCAACCCGCAGGUGCUCGCGACCUACGACGCGAUCGUGCGUGCGACGAAGGCCAUCGUCGACGAGACGAGCCUCGCGAUGCGCCUGCCCAAGCGCGACGUCCGCGAAGACCUCAUGUGCCACACGUGCGGCCGCAUGGCGUGCAUCUGCCACCUGCCGCUCGUCGCGCCGAGCAACCAAGCCGAGUUGCAUGUCGGCGGCAAGCCCAAGAAGGCGCCGCCCGUCAAGCUCGGUCGCCGCCGCAAGGGCCACCACGACGCCAGCAUCCCGCGCAUGGAUCCCAAUGCAAAAUAGAGUGCAGUUCUGACGAUG